AUGUCAUUUACUCACACGCAAAAGACCAUAAACGCAAGUUAUCCACGAGACCCUAAUACUACUUUAAAGUAUGGGGAAAGUGGUUUGAAAUUGGUUUAUAAUAAGUUUAAAACCGUCAAAGACAUAUCAAAAGAUAAGACUAGAGUCAAUUUGAUUUUUGCUCAUGGUACUGGGAUGAACAAGGCGAUAUGGAAUUAUUAUAUUAGGAGAUUGUACGAGUUGCAAAAUUCUAAUUGGCAAGUAGAUGCGGCCAUAAGUGUUGAUGCAAUUAACCACGGAGACUCCGCAGUGCUUAAUCGUGGGAAACAGGGCUUUAAUUGUGCUUGGUCCCAAGGUGCUAAGGAUUUGAUUCAUGUGGUCAAGCAUGAACAAGAACACGAGGGGGAUUUCUUGAUCAACGAUGGGUCUAAAAACAUUUUAAUAGGCCAUUCUUUAGGUGGACACCAAGCGGUAAUGGCCGCCUUUUUCGAGCCAGGGCUAUUUGAUGCUGUUAUCCCAAUUGAGCCGGUUAUCUAUGCUUUAGAGGAGCAUGAGGCCCGGUUCUCUGCUAUCCUUGCUAAGAUGAAGUUUUUGAUUAAAGAUACUUUUAAUUCAAAAGCCGACUAUUAUAAGUAUUUCAAUACAAAAUCAUUCUAUCAAAAAUUCAAUAAGGAAGUUUUACAGGAAAUGGCGGAUGACGAAUUGGAAAUCGGGGAAAACGAUACUGUUCAUACUAAAUCGUCCAAUAUCGACCAAAUGUUAACCUAUGUCAGUGCUUUUCAAUCAAUACCUCAAAGUAUGAGCAUUUUGCCUGUUUAUCAAACCCCAAUGCUACACAUUAUCGGUGGGAGUGCUACCUGGAACCCACCCGACACUCCAGAAUACGUUAAAAAAUUAGUUCCUUCCCAAUGUUAUGAUCAAGUAAUCGUUGAAGGUGGUGCUCAUCUUUUAGUUGGUGAAUCACCAGACAAAGUUCUUCCAGUGAUAGAAGAUUAUAUCGCUAUGCGUGUUUCUUUCCAGGAAAAGGAUCGCUCCAUGAGAUUGGCUGUCAAGUAUAACGGUGAUCGUGCCAAAGCCCUUGAUGAGACUUUGGCUCCUGCCUUAGAAUUUUUGAAACAACAGAAAUUGGCCGCGAAAAACGGAAAAUCCAAAUUAUGA